AUGGCGGGGAUGCGGUUAGAGAGCGGGAACAGAGGGGCUAGGGAUGUGACAGAGGUCGCUGCCCCCGCGCCAGGACGCCGCCGUCGCCCGGAGCGCUCCCCCGCCGGCCUGCUUCUCCUCUCCGCCGUCGUCCCCGACAUCCACCUCGCGCACCGCUGCCACGAUCCCUACGCCCUCCGUGAGCCGUGCCCCUCCUUCUCCUCCUCUCUCCCUCAACGCGCCGCAUCGCCGCUGCCCCGGCCGCUCCCUUCUUCCCCCUUGGCACGCUCACCGCGCCCCGCGGCUGCGCACGCGCCCCGCCUCCACCGCGGCCUCCCCCCGUUCGCGCUUGCUGCCAUGGCCGCGCGGGCCCUGAGCCGCGCGUGCCUGCCCCCGACGCCCCAGUCCCUCGGGCUCGCCUUCGUGCCUUCCGCGGCCGUCUGCUCUGCCAUUGCUGCCGCCGCUGCGCCCGACCGCCGAACCGCGCCGUGGCCGCGCCGGUUCCCCCCACCACUGCGGCCGCCGACGCACCGUCUCCUGCUCCGCCCCACCUCCGGCUCGCUGGGCCGCCGCCCCGCCGUGGCCUCGCCGCGGCCAUCUCCGGCGCCCGGCGCCCGCGCUGCAUCGGCACCCCUCCGCUCCCGUGGGUCGUCGCCCGGGUCGGGCGCCUACAACGCCCGUGUGCCCGUUAGGCCCCGCUGGCCCUAUGACAAGUGGGCCACCGCCCUAGAACGUUUAAAAAAUAAAUAA